AUGGCAUCAGCAAAUCCAUUCAUAAUGGGCUUGACGGAUUCGGAUGUGGCAAAUAAUCAACAAAAAUUAUGGUCACAGCAAUGGAUCGAAUUAUUUCAACAGUCCACGUGUCGACAGUUCGGCGACAAUGCAGCUGGAUUAUUUCUACAGCCAUUCCGUAAGAAUAAACGCAUUCGAACAGCCUUCUCUCCGCAACAACUUGUUCAGCUCGAGAAAGCGUUUCAGUUGAAUCAUUAUGUAAUUGGAAAUGAGCGUAAAGAGCUUGCAUCUCGACUGUCACUAACCGAAACACAGGUGAAAGUAUGGUUCCAAAAUCGACGUACGAAACAUAAACGCGUUAAAUCAGACGUCGAAAAAGUCUCUACACCUCCGAGUCCUAUCUGA